GUUAACAAAUAAAUAUGGAUAAUAAUAAUAAUAAUACCGCAACUCCACCAAACCCAGGCACACCAACCAAAAACCUCACCCCUGGAUUAAGAUCAUCAAAUCCAGGUCUUUUAAUGGACAGAAGAAGAUUAGAUGAAGAGAAAAACUCACUUGAAGAAAUUGCUUUAGGUCACAAAUCACCAAACAAACCAUUAUUCCCAAAUCUUCACCAAUAUAGUUUAAAUGAAUUAUCAAAUCCACCAACUGAAGAAGAAUUGCAAAACUACAAGGAUGUUUCAGCUCAAAAUCUCCCACCAAUUCACAAGAGAGAAGCUUUAAAAAGAGUCUUUGUUAAUAGAGAUAUCAAACUUGACAGAAUUGAAUUCUUUGGUUUCGAUAUGGAUUACACAUUAGCCGUUUAUAAUUCACCAGAGUUUGAAGAAUUAGCAUAUGAUAUGGUAAUUGAAAGACUUUUAGAAAUCGGCUAUCCAAAAUCAAUUAAAAAAUUAAAAUAUGAUCCAAAUUUCCCAAUUAGAGGUUUAUUUUUAGACAAAGAGCUUGGUAACCUUUUAAAGAUUGACAGCUUUGGAAAUAUUAUUAUUUGUAUUCACGGCAAAAAGAAAUUAACACCAAAACAAACUUCAGAAUUCUAUCCAAGUAUGAGAGUUAGUUCAGACGAAAUUGUAAAAAAUCGUUUCUAUCUUUUAAAUACAUUAUUUACUUUACCAGAAGCUUGUUUAUAUAGCGAUAUUGUUAAUCAUAUUGAAACCGAAAGUAGCUUAAGAUUGACUGAAGAAAUUGCUGAUGAACAACAACAAUUUAAUUCACCACCAUUAAGCAGUCUUGGAUCAAAUCAAGAAAACCCAUCUCAUGAAAUUGAUGGAGAUUUAUCAUUCUCUAAUCUUUUCCAAGAUAUCCGCACAGCAUAUGAUUUAGUCCAUAACGAUGGUAGUCUCAAGAAAAGAGUUUUAGCUGAUUUACCAAAAUACAUCAGAAAAACCAAAGAUAUGCCAGUAUUCUUUGAUAGAUUAAGACAAAAUGGUAACAAAGUUUUCUUAUUAACAAACAGCGAAUAUUACUAUACCAAUAGUGUAAUGUCAUAUAUGUUGGAUGGUUUUGAUCCAAAAUAUAAUUCAUGGAAAGAUUAUUUCGAUGUAAUUAUUGUUGGUGCUGAUAAACCAAGAUUCUUUUCAGAAGGUACCACAAUUAGAGAAGUUGACGUUGAAACUGGUAAUUUAAAGAUUACCAAUGUUAAAGAUAGAUUCGAAAAAGGUAAGGUUUACCAUGGUGGCUCUUUAUCACUUUUCCAAAAAUUAACCGGUGCAAAGGGCAGUCGUGUUCUUUAUAUUGGUGACCACAUUUUUGCUGAUAUUAUCAAAUCAAAGAAGACUCAUGGUUGGAGAAAUCUUUUAAUCGUACCUGAAUUGGAUCAUGAAUUAAAGGUUUCAAAGGAAGAAAAACAAACCUAUAUUCAUUUAAUGAAUCUUGAAUUUAUUAGAGCAGAAAUUUACAGAGGCUUAGAUUCACAAUCAACUCAACCACCAGAUAUUGAAGUUUUACUCAAACACAUCAAAGAUACCAAUGAGAAAUUAAAUUUAGCAUUCAAUAAAAAUUUUGGUUCAAUGUUCAAACAUGGUUCAAAAUCAACUUUCUUCUCAAUGCAAGUUCAAAGAUAUGCCGAUCUCUACACUUCUGACUAUCUUAAUCUCUUAAAUUACCCAUUAUUCUAUCACUUUAGUGCCAACCCACAACCACUCCCACACGAAAAUAUAACACAUCCAACUUUUGAAGCUUCAUCAUCUUAAAAAAUAAAUAAAAAAAUAGAUCUAAAAAUGUAAACAAAC